GAUUUGACGAAAGUUUUUAUAUAUUUAUUUAUAAACGCCAUAUAACGUUGACACUGAAGAAGGGCAACAGGUUUGGCGAAGUUUUGCUUCAGAGAGAUGGAUGCAGGUUCCAGGUACCAAUGGGAGAGGCGUCGGCUGCAGUCACGACCUAUGGCAGAAAAGAUGGCAGCAUGGAUUUCUUUGCUCCGCUAUGGAUACUCCAGGUGUGGUGUCAGAUCCAGAGAGCAAGGCUCCAUCAACAGGACCGCAUCAGGUGGCCCAAGAGUUUCCCAAGCGUGACGAAGCUCCAUAUAAUGAUGGAUCCGGAUACUGAAGAGAUGCAGCAUACAAAACAUGAGCAAAGCCAGAAAGUUGCCGAGAUGGACCUCGAAGAGGAGACGGGAAAACCAGAACUCCAGGCAGAGGCUCCAGUUGAAACGAUGUUUGGCUUGUAGGCGAGGCGGAGAU